AAACGGAGCAGUAGAGGAGCUACAACAUCCGGGCAAUACUCAGCUUACACAGAAACGGAAUGGCGGAGGUGGGUGAAAAGCCCCUGAAGAGAAGUGUGCAUGUUGUGGUCUAGUGGAGAGAGGAUGAGGAACUGUGAGGAAGACCCUCAGCAGGAGAAGCGGAAGUGUUAACCAGCCUUAGAGGAGUUUCAGAGGACGUUCGCCCCAUGAAGAUGGCCGCACAGUCCCACACUGUACGCUCAAGUUCAGCCAUCUACACUAAAGCUGGGGAGCUUCCUCUGGAGGAGCUGCUGGCUCUGUACGGCUACACCAUGUCAGACCCAGAGAAGGAGACCUGUCACAUGACUGCCAGCCUGCCAGGCAUGACACUGGAAAAGGAUCAGAUUACUGAGGAUCUCUUUCCUGGGGAGGAGGAGGAGUCGUCAGCUGAUUAUCUCACCCCCUCCGUCACCUCAAACACCUCAGAUCUGCUCCACCGCCUUCAAGGUGGAGACAAAGACACAUUAGUCAGCUCCUCAGAUGAAGACUUGGGUGAAGCCUCUAUUCCCUCCAAAGAAGAGCACAAGGAGAUCAUGGUUGGCUCUAUGUACCAGGCCAAAAUCCCUCCACUCAGUUCAUGUACCAACCAGGAGAGAGCCAGCAGCGGGGAGGACCAGUUGUUGUGGAAGCCGGGCGUUCUGCCGGUACAGGAAGUGGAAGAAUUUUUGCUUAAUACACAGAGGCCGUUAAACCAGGAGGGGGCAACGUGCACACAAACACAAGGACACACUGUGCGGGACAACCAACAGGCUCUGUAUGAACUAGUGAAAUGCAACUUCAAUGCAGAAGAGGCACUGAGACGAGUAAGCUUCAAUGUGAAAGUGUUCAGUGAAGAGCUUUGUGCCUGGAGCGAAGAGGAGUGCAGGAGCUUCGAGAACGGCUAUCGGGUUUACGGGAAAAACUUCAACCUCAUCCAGGGGAAUAAGGUGAGGGCUCAGUCCGUAGUACAAUGUGUACAUGUUGUCUAA